CUCGCGUCCCCGCGCUGCGCCGCCCGGCCGGGUGCAUGCAUUGUGGGCCUCCCGACAUGGUCUGCGAGACGAAGAUCGUGGCUACGGAGGACCAUGAGGCACUGCCGGGGGCCAAGAAGGACGCGCUGCUCGCCGCCGCCGGAGCCAUGUGGCCCCCGCUGCCCGCCGCGCCCGGGCCCGCUGCCGCACCCCCACCCGCGGCAGGUCCCCAGCCCCACGGAGGCACCGGGGGUGCAGGGCCGCCGGAGGGGCGCGGCGUGUGCAUCCGCGAGUUCCGCGCAGCCGAGCAGGAGGCGGCGCGCCGCAUCUUCUACGACGGCAUCUUGGAGCGCAUCCCCAACACGGCUUUCCGAGGCCUGCGGCAGCACCCGCGCACCCAGCUGCUCUACGCCCUGCUGGCGGCCCUCUGUUUUGCUGUGACCCGCUCACUGCUGCUGACAUGCCUGGUGCCGGCCGGGCUCCUGGCCCUGCGCUACUACUACAGUCGCAAGGUGAUUCUGGCCUACCUGGAGUGUGCGCUGCACACGGACAUGGCUGACAUUGAGCAGUACUACAUGAAGCCACCUGGUUCCUGUUUCUGGGUGGCUGUGCUGGACGGCAACGUUGUGGGCAUCGUGGCGGCUCGGGCCCAUGAGGAAGACAACACAGUGGAGCUGCUCCGCAUGUCCGUGGACUCGCGCUUCCGCGGCAAAGGCAUCGCCAAGGCCCUGGGCAGGAGGGUGUUGGAGUUUGCCAUGCUGCACAACUACUCUGCAGUGGUACUGGGCACCACAGCCGUUAAGGUGGCCGCCCACAAGCUCUAUGAGUCACUGGGCUUCAGACACAUGGGCGCGAGUGAUCACUACGUGCUGCCUGGCAUGACCCUCUCGCUGGCCGAGCGCCUCUUCUUCCAGGUCCGCUACCACCGCUACCGCCUGCAGCUGCGCGAGGAGUGACCACCACCACCUGCCCACCACCCUGUCUGCCCCCGUCCACCUCUGCCCUCCUGCUCGCUGCCUAGUGCGGCCUUGCUUUCCAAUGCUCACCUUGGCGUUUGUUUGGGUUUUCCUUUUUCAGCAUCCUGCUGGUUCACCACCUGGCUGGUUCUGGGGCCACAGGGUCCCAGUCCAGAGUGCUCAUCAGCAGCACUCUGGUGGGGUGGAUUGUCUGCAGCCAUGGCCCUUGCCUCCCCAGCCCAUCAGAGUGGCUCAUCAUGCCUUGAAGAGUAGCAUUGUGGACCAUCUGAACUAUCCACAAAGCUGCCCAGCCUGCCUCCAUCAGGGAAGGACUAGCUUUGCCCAUCAAGCACAGAACCUCUACAACAACCCCCCCAAGGAGCAGAACCCUGGCCCCAGCCAGGCUAAGGCCCAGCUAUUGGCCUCUGGAAGAAUGGUCUGCUGGGCUGGCCAGCCACUGCCCCAUGGGAGGCCAAGCUGGCCUCAGGCCCUGCUUUGCCCUGUGCAUGCUAAGGACAUGGCCUGGCUGCAGCAUGCCGCAUGCCACAGCCCCCUGCCCCGCUGCCCGCCCAGCCUGGACUUCAGGCCUGAGCUGGUGAGCUCCCUUGUCCUGUCCUGAGCUGGCCUCUGGAGGGCCUACCUGCCUGACCCUGUCUGCUCUCUGGUGGGGCCUGGCCUGGCCUAACCUGGCUCUAUCCACUCCUGCUUUGCUUUGAAAUCAUCUUACCUCUUUCCCUUUUCGGUCCCUGUGCCUCCUUGCUCUGGCUGACUUGGCUGGUCACCUGGGUCUGGCUCCUGUAGCAAUCCACUGCACAGCAUGGUGGGGAUUUCAUGGGGAGGGGGAACACCUCCCCCAACACCUGUUAGAUCAGGUGGCCACCUCCCAGCUGCCUGAGGUCCCAUGGCCUCAUGCUGUCUGUGGGGUCUGCCCUGUGAAUGUAACUAGCCCAGGCUGUUGUUGGCAAUGCCUGCCACAGCUUCUCCCAGCCUGAAACAACCCAUUCUCUAAUAAGUUACGUAGACAGAAUAGCACUCUGCAUGACUUUAAUUCCUGGGACAAAAUGGUAGUUUGAGCCUCCAGACACACAUCUGUGUGGUGCUAGCAUAUGCACGGUCUCUGGCCCCAUUUGAUGGGGGUGGGUGGCCGGGUAGGUGGAAGAUUUCAUUUUGAAGUAUGGAAGGAGACUCUAAUUUAGUGUAAAUGCCCCCAAAGUGCUCUCACAACACAAAGCUUAUGAGGCUCAGGCUGCCCCUUGACUCCUUGUGUGCAGGACUGAGGGGACUGGAGGGUCUGAGAGCCUCAUAGGAAGAGCUGGGCACUGCCUUGGGGGCAGGAGCUGGUGGUUGGGGUAGGUCCAGCCUCCCACUACAGACUACUCUGCUAGGCCAUCUCUUCUCCUCGUUUCUCCUUUUUGAGGUCCAAUUUAGAAUCCAGCUUAGAUGGGGGUGGGGAUGGCCUAGGACAGGGAGAGGCAGUAGCUGGCAGUGUUCAUGCGCCAGCUGAAACUUGGACUUAGCUUUAGUGCAGGGGGUGCAUAAAGGCCCAUAUACACUCCUGUGUGGGGCUUGGGGUGAGGAGUGGCAGGCUAGGUAGACCAUAGAGCUGGGCCCCUGGCACCAAGGCUGCAAUGUUAGAAAGGCUCUUUAGAGUUAAUGAGUUGGUGGAACAAGCCCAGCUUCCUGAGGGGCCUUUUGUCCUGUUAGCAAUUGAGGCAUUUGCAGAACACUGUACAGACCCCGCUCUCCCCUGUACAUUCCUCCCUGGUGGUGCCCGGUCCCCACUUGGGGAUGGGAGUUUUGUAGACUGUACAGAAAUCGGCACCCUAUUUUCUUGCAGCUCUCAGAUUUUGUUAAUCUGGAUUAUACAGACAGACGUAAAGUGUUUUAGCAAAAUGGAAAACAAACAGUUGUGCCUUUUUUCUCUUUUCUGUUUGGAUUGGUCUCGGCUCGGGGCUAGUUUUAGUUGUUGUGGGGGUGUAGGGACUGCUGGUGUCUGAGGCCUGGGUGGGCCUAAGUGGGAGCCGGGUCUGCUGGACACCAGCAGCUGCCAAGGCUUCUCUGAUCCUGUGCCUUGGGGCCUGCAGUCUGGGGUUGGAAGGUAUGGCAGAGCACUGGGAUCACAUGUGCACAGAGCACGGGGACCCUGUAGCCACCAUGUCUCUUUGAUACUGACCUGGGAUGAGCUCAUAGUAGAUUCCUCCAUCCUAGGAACUUGUGGGGAGGUGUGGUCCUUCUGGCCUCUUGGCACCUAUCUGUUCAAGGGGAUCUCUUCCCUCUGAACAACCCAUGGAUAAAGGGAAGUGCGCUGGGCUCUCGAGUAUUCGUUGCCUUCUGUCGCUGCCAAGACUUGGUAGAGAUUCCAGGAAUGGAUGGUGGGGUAGGUUCCAGCUGCACCAGGAUGGAGCCUUACCAGGCAGUACGUAGCUUGGCAGGGCCUGAGGCCCUGGAGACAUACCUGUCUCCCUGGGCUGGAGGAAGCCGAGUGCACUGAUGACUGGGCCUGGCCAUGUCCACUCCAUCAUCCCAGCCAGAGCUAUGUGCUCUGCAUAUGUGCACUUGAUGUGAAGUUUCCGUUUGUUGAGAUUCUGAUGUUUCUUCUACCUCUGUGGAGACCCUCCUCCUCCCUGCUUCACUUGGUGGGCAUGUGCUUGGUGGCCCUCCUCUGAGUUUGCUGGCCAUCUCUCCCUCCCUCUGGCCUCCAAGCACUCGAGGUGGCCAGCACCUGUACUCUGGAGCCAGCCUAGGGUCGGGCCCUGUGCUCAGGAUCUGUGGCUUCCAGGAGUCCUAUUUGCUCGGAAGCUUUAGAGUAGGGCGGGGGGAGGGGGAUGAUAGAAUGCCAGUGUUGGAUGACCCUACAGCAUAGAUGUGGUAUACCAUUGCUUGACUGUCCCCUGGCAGCUCCCACUGCCAGGUAUGUCUCUGCAGAUGCCUAGUCUCUGCUGUAUGGCUAAGAGGCUGGCCUGCAUGUGCAAAGAUCUGCUGCGUGAAGGGUGGGGCAGCACAGUCCUGAGUGUAGUGAGGCCAUGCCCUGGUGGCCACGGCAGCCCCUUCCAUGUCCUGAUCUUACCGCUGUGCUUACCCUUCACUCUAGCACUGUCCUGAGGCUGGGCAGCAGCUGAGGGAUGUGCUAACUUGGCUGAGGUGGUAAAUGACUGGCUCUGGCGAGGAGGCCCCAUGAAUAACAGGUUAGUCUCAGGGGCUUGGACAGUUCCCAUCCUGCACAGUUGCCCUUCCUGAGAUAAGGGGAUAGGUGAGAGAACAGAAUCAGGGAUACACCUGAGGUGAGCUUGGGUUUUGGCCCGGUGCCUGGGACUCAACAGACCAUAGGACCAUCACUUGUUGCUGGAAAACAUGCUGCCCAUUCCUAUUUGCCUUUCCCAGCCCCAGGUAGCCCCAUGGUCACAGCUUCCUGGAGCUGGCUUCCAGAGCUGAGCCUGUGGCUAGAGGCCUGGGUACAAAAGUUUUUGGGUUUUGCUAGUGUCCCAGGCUUCUUGGGGGCUGGAUGUGACCUUCUAGCUGGGUAGGAACUGUGCAGCACCCAUGAGACCAUCUUGUCAGGCCCAAGGGGCAGGCUGAGAGGGUUGACCUGAGAUGAUUGUGUCUCUCUGUCCAUGGUAGCAGUGCUGCUGGCACCUGUUGCUACUGCCCUCUUGGUCCGCUGUGGCCUCAGCGAUGGUUCUGUCCUUGUCUCUUGGCUACACUGUAUGCUGGAUGUGGGGCAGACCCUGAGCUGUGCUGCUCUUUGGUGCUGCCAUCACUGCUUCCAGCAAGGGAGGGGUCCGUGACAGUGGGUGGAACUUGCUUGAAGCUGGUGGAAGAUGAGCCUUGACUUACCAUUGUUGGAUGUAUUUUUUUAAAACAGCAAUAAUUAGCCAUUUUAAAGAAGGGGUUUACCUGCAUAAAUGUGCAUGCCCAUCGUGUAUGUGCAUCUGUGCACAUGUGAGUAUGUGCAUCUGAGAGUAUGUGUUUGCAUGGUGAGUGUGUGUGUGUGUGUGUGUGUGUGUGUGUGUGUGUGUGUGUGUGUGUGUAGGAAUUGUGCAGCACCCACGAGGCCAUCUUCUUGUCAGGCCCAAGGGGCAGCCUUCGAGAGUUGACCUGAGGUGCACGCACGUACACACACAAGCACAUGCCAUUUGUGAUCAUGUGCUCAUGUGACUAUAUGUGCCCAAGAAAUCACAUUCGUGUGUUGCAUGUGUGUGAGCUGGUGUGAGUAUGCGUGGGCAUCUCCAUCCAUGUAUGAAUGUGUGCAUGUGUAUGUUUGUAUGUGCACAUGAGUAGCAGUGGGAGGGAACCUGUGGGGAUGGUUUCUGAUCUGGGAGGCACUUUGUGGUAAGAAGCAGGGUCUUGUGGUUGUCUCUCACUAUGCCCAUUCCUACCCUGCCCUGCCCGGCUCCAUGUGAAUGUAGCACAACCCCACCAGGCCAGCUGAACCUCUGCUGGUCCUCACCUCUGUCCUCUCCCCCACAGCUGAGGGGAGGGUAGAGGAGCUGGAGGCCCCUUGGACAGGACACGGACUGGGUUUGGCCAGGGUGCAGAGGGUAUGGCACAGUGGUAGGUCUCACUGUUGUGGUUUGUUCCUGAAUUUGUACUGUGAGCCCAUGAUGGGGUGGGGGUGUCCUGAGACCCCAGGAUGUGCCAAAAUAGCCCCUAGGGCCAGGUGACGAGCCGAGUUCCCAAGAAGACAGGCUGGGGGCCCAAGUGGGUGUGUGCCCCUGCCUGCACGGCCCCCAAUGCUGCUGUUUUUCAAUAAAACCAGAAUUGAAGGAA